CGCGCGGCGGUGCCAUAUGCGCGGGGCGGCGCGCGGGGCGGCGCGCGGUCAGCGCUGAGGAGUCGCGCGCGCCGGUGUCGCCGCCAUGGGCAAGAAGCAGAAGAACCGGAGCGAGGAGAGUGGAAAAGAUGAUAUUGAUAUUGAUGCCCUUGCUGCUGAGAUAGAAGGUGCAGGAGCUGCAAAGGAUCAAGAGCCUCAGAAAUCCAAAGGCAAAAAGAAAAAAGAAAAGAAGAAACAAGAUUUUGAUGAAGAUGAUAUCCUGAAGGAGCUGGAGGAACUGUCAAUAGAGGCGCAAGGAGGGAAAAUUGACAGGGAACAACCUUCUACAGGAAAGGUUGAAAAUGACAACGAAGAAAGCUUAUCAAAACAAGAUAAAAAAAGGAAAGGAAAGAGCAAAAAAGCCAAUCUGGAAAAUGACUAUGACAGUGAGGAAGUGGAAGAUAAAGACAAAAAAUCUAAAAAAACUCAGAAAGCAAAACAAGACAUGCUUUCUGGCAGUGAUGAUGAUGAUCAUGAGACACAGCUUAAGAAGAGCAAAGGGAAAACACAGAAGUCAAGUAAAAARCAUGAUUUGUCUGAAGAAGAUGAAGCUAACAUUAAGAAAAGCAAAGAGCGUGGGGGAGGAGUGUCUUCAGGCGAGAGUGGCGAUGAAUCAGAUGAGUUCUCCCAAUCUAGAAGAGGACAAAAGAAAAACCAAAAGCCAAAGUCUGCUCCUGCUGCUGAAAGUGGGGAUGAUGAAGAAGAACCUUCAUUCAAAGUAAAAACAGUGGCUCAGAAGAAGGCAGAAAAAAAAGAACGUGAAAGAAAAAAACGUGAAGAAGAGAAAGCCAAAUUGAGGAAGCAGAAAGAGAAGGAAGACUUAGAAGGUGGUAAAGAACCAGCAAAGCCAAAGGAAUCUCUAAAGAAAGCUGAAGAGAAGGCUUCUCCUGAAGUUACAGUAAUCCCUGGCCCUGGGGGAAAAGGAGAGACUCCUGCAGGAGCAGAAGCUGAUGACAAUGAGGCAGACAAAAAGAAAAAAGACAAGAAAAAAAAGAAAGGUGAGAAAGAAGAAAAAGAGAAAGAGAAGAAAAAAGGUCCCAGUAAAGCCACAGUUAAAGCCAUGCAAGAGGCUUUGGCUAAAAUGAAAGAGGAGGAGGAAAGGGCAAAAAGAGAGGAGGAAGAACGCAUAAGACGACUGGAGGAACUUGAAGCAAAACGCAAAGAGGAGGAACGAUUAGAGCAAGAGAGGAAAGAAAGAAAGAAACAGAAGGAAAAAGAGAGAAAGGAGCGUUUGAAGAAGGAGGGAAAGCUUUUAACAAAAACUCAACGAGAAGCCAGAGCCAGAGCAGAGGCUACUCUUAAACUACUCCAAGCUCAGGGUGUUGAAGUGCCAUCCAAAGACUCUGUGCCAAAGAAGAGGCCAAUAUAUGAAGACAAAAAGAAAAAGAAACAGCAGCAGCCAGAAAAUAAAGAAGAAAGUGUGGAGGUAACUUCCCCAGCUGAAGAUGCUGUAGAACUGGAAACACCAGUGAAAGAAGAGAUUCCUCUUCCAGUAGAGCCAGUUUCAGAAGAAAAGGAGGAAGAAGAUGAAACAGAAGAUGCAGGUCUGGAUGACUGGGAAGCUAUGGUUAGUGAUGAAGAUGGAGAGAAAGAGAGCAAACCUGUCCAUAUUGAAGUCAAAGAACAAAAUGAAGUGGAUGAGGAAGAGGAGGAGGAAGAUGAUGAGGAGGAAGAGGAAGAAGAGAGUGAAGAAUCUGAAGAUAGUGAAGGCAGUGAAGAUGAGGAUGAAAAGACUUCAGAUGAGAGAGAGGGAGGCUCCCAAGCUAUUGGAAAACAAUCUAUGGAAAAAAAGCCCAGCAAGGAAAUUAGCUCUGACUCWGAGUAUGACUCUGAUGAUGACCGCACUAAGGAGGAGCGUGCUUAUGACAAAGCUAAACGGAGAAUUGAGAAGCGACGAGCUGAAAACAGCAAAAAUAUGAACACUGAAAAGCUSAGAGCACCGGUUAUCUGUGUCCUGGGGCAUGUAGACACAGGCAAGACUAAAAUUUUAGAUAAGCUCCGCCACACCCAUGUGCAGGAUGGUGAAGCUGGUGGUAUCACUCAGCAGAUUGGUGCAACUAAUGUUCCUCUUGAAGCUAUUAAUGAACAAACCAAGAUGGUGAAAAAUUUUGACAGAGAGAACAUAAAAAUUCCAGGCAUGCUGAUAAUCGACACUCCAGGACAUGAGUCUUUCAGCAAUCUAAGAAACAGAGGAAGCUCACUUUGUGAUAUUGCUAUACUUGUAGUUGAUAUCAUGCAUGGUUUGGAGCCACAGACAAUUGAAUCAAUAAAUCUGUUGAAAUCGAAGAAAUGCCCCUUUAUAGUAGCUCUCAACAAGAUUGAUAGGUUAUAUGACUGGAAAAAAAGUCCAGAUACAGAUGUAGCUGUCACCUUAAAGAAGCAGAAAAAAAAUACUAAAGAUGAAUUUGAAGAGCGUGCAAAAGCUAUCAUAGUGGAAUUUGCAAAACAGGGCUUGAACGCUGCCUUGUUUUAUGAGAAUAAGGAUCCCCGCACUUUUGUUUCUCUUGUACCUACCUCUGCUCACACGGGGGAUGGCAUGGGAAGUCUGAUAGCUCUUCUUGUUGAGCUCACACAAACCAUGCUGACCAAGAGACUGGCUGAGUGUCAGGAGCUGAGAGCUCAAGUCAUGGAGGUUAAGGCAUUGCCAGGCAUGGGCACUACCAUAGAUGUUAUUCUAAUUAAUGGACGCCUGAAAGAAGGAGACACCAUUAUUGUUCCUGGGGUGGAAGGUCCUAUUGUAACUCAGAUUAGAGGUCUUCUGCUGCCUCCUCCUAUGAAGGAGCUACGAGUUAAGAACCAGUAUGAAAAGCACAAAGAGGUUGUUGCUGCUCAAGGUGUGAAGAUUCUUGGGAAGGAUUUAGAAAAAACAUUGGCUGGUUUGCCACUGCUCGUAGCUCAUAAAGAGGAUGAAGUCCCMGUACUCAAGGAUGAAUUAAUACAUGAACUGAAGCAAACACUGAAUGCAAUCAAGUUAGAAGAGAAAGGUGUUUAUGUCCAGGCUUCUACUUUAGGCUCUUUAGAGGCAUUACUUGAAUUUCUCAAAACAUCAGAAGUGCCAUAUUCAGGAAUUAAUAUAGGUCCUGUCCAUAAAAAAGAUGUUAUGAAGGCAUCAGUUAUGUUGGAACAUGACCCACAGUACGCCGUUAUUCUGGCAUUCGAUGUGAGGAUUGAACGUGAUGCACAGGAGAUGGCUGAUAGCUUAGGAGUUCGAAUUUUUAGUGCUGAAAUAAUUUAUCACUUAUUUGAUGCCUUCACAAAAUAUAGACAAGACUACAAGAAACAGAAACAAGAGGAAUUCAAGCAUAUAGCAGUGUUUCCAUGCAAGUUAAAAAUCCUCCCUCAGUUCAUUUUCAACUCUCGUGACCCAAUAGUGAUGGGUGUUGUGGUGGAGGCCGGCCAGGUGAAGCAGGGGACUCCCAUGUGUGUACCUAGCAAAAAUUUUGUUGAAAUUGGAAUAGUUACAAGCAUUGAAAUAAACCACAAACCAGUGGAUGUUGCAAAGAAAGGCCAAGAAGUAUGUGUUAAAAUAGAACCUAUUCCUGGGGAAUCACCUAAAAUGUAUGGACGACAUUUUGAAGCAACAGAUAUCCUCGUCAGCAAGAUCAGCCGKCAGUCCAUCGAUGCUCUGAAGGACUGGUUCAGGGAUGAGAUGCAGAAGUCUGACUGGCAGCUUAUAGUAGAACUGAAGAAAGUGUUUGAAAUCAUCUAGAUAACUUUUACAGCAAUGCGGAGACAGGAAUAAAUGCACUCUUCCUGUUCUAAAAAAGUUACCAACAAAGUCCUAUGUUGAAGACAGUGUUGGGUGUAUGUUUGGGAGGCAAAUAUGUGGAUAAAAUGUUUUCCAUGAGAAACCAAGAAAUUUACACUGGUUUGACAGUGGUCAAUUUACAUGUUCCCAUGGUUCCAAUGUGCCUGUUCACCUCUCCUACUACCCUUCCUAAUACUGGCUGCUGUUUUAAAGUUUACCCUUCCCUCUCUUACACCUUCCUUCCACCCUUUUUCCCUCCUCCUCUCCAAAACAAAAUAAAAUAAAUUGAAUUUUUAUUACAGAACUAAAGCUCUUUCMCUUUUAUACUGAUGAGAGCAGUACUGCAGUAUUUGAUUAACCAAGCUUCUGCAGACUUUGUGAUUUUCGGGACAUUUUUGAUGUAAGAAAUACUUCUUUAUUUAUGCAUACCUCUUUCCUUGACUUUCUUUUCCACAUUCUUCUGCUUUGUGCCUAUAGAACUUUUUUUAAAUAGAAAAUUAGGCAAUUGGCUAUCUCUGUAUUUGCUUUGUGUGAAACAAUGUUGUAAAGCAUAGCUGCCCACCUUUUACUGCUUGUACAGUUCAUGGAAGUCAACCUGUAAUCAUUAUAAUGCAGAGCCACAAAUAAAGGAGAUGGACAGAGCAGCCCAUUUGUUUUACAGUUUGCUUCAAUAAUCCAAGUUUCCCUUCAUGGGCUCUAGCAGAUGUGGAAAGGCUGGGCAGGGGCCCUCUUCCCUCUCUUCUUGGCGAAAGGGUGGAGGCGUGUUCCAGCCAAAAGCGAUUCCUCCUCUGAACGCACUUCUUGUGUGCUCAAGGUGAUGUCAGCAUUCCCAAAGCACGGGAGGGCCAGGCCAGGUGUUCAGCACGGCACAACUCCCGGAGGAGCUCAGAGCUGCCUUCACUUCUCGCUGCUCCCAGUGCUGGGAGUACCUGCGAACAGCUGCUGCCCAGGGAGCUGUGACUUUGGAUGCUGCAUCACAGCUGGAGUCAUCUGACACAGUGGGACUGAACCAGCUCCAGAGUGGAUAUUUGUGAUGACCAGGAGCCAGUCUGGAAUCCCAGCAGUUUCCCACCCUUCCUUCCCCUCUGCCUCCCGGCCUGGGCUGACAGCUCGAUGUGUUCUUACUUGGGCUGUCUCUGGGUAACUCACAGCUCACGCUGACAGGAGCAAAACACUCUUCAAAAGCACAAGCUGAAACAAAAUCAAGAAGGAUUGUUUAUGCAGCUGAGAUUUUUAGCAUUUAAGAUACUUAUGUGAGUUUAACUUGCAACAAGCAGUUUGAUCAGAUUUCUUCUGUCACUUGGAUUACUUUUUCUGUCGGAUAAAUCCAAAAGUUAUGAUUGGGACUAUGUGGACUGAAUUACAAAGAAACAUUUAAUAACUCGCCUCCUUUGCAAGUGGAAUUUAAUUUUCUGGAUUUUUUUUUGUUUAGACUUUAAACUUGCCAUUGAAAAAGGACAUUUUCACUAUGGUUGGUGUGUGGUAUAUAUUCCCAUCAGUGGGUGAACAGAAYGGUGAGAGGGAGGAGACUGCAUUUAAUUGUUAAAAUUUUCUUUUGCAAACUAUGCAAUCAUGAAACCUACACUAAUAAAAAGUUCUUAAGAACACGGAUGUCAAACAGUGUGGUCUUG